AUGAAAGUCCGCCGGCCCCGAGCUGCCCGAGCCUGCGACCUGUGUCGGGUGAAGAAGAACAAAUGUGACGAGCUGUACCCGUGCACCUACUGCAAAGACAGGAAUGCAGAAUGCCUGACGUCAAAACACAGAUAUGUCAGGCAUCUGGAAGACCUUGUUCGGCAGCUUACUGCGUCUCAGGGCCAACAGCCCCACGAGGGAAUGUUCAUUAAUCAAGACCGGCCGACGCCUCAGCCUGACCGCAGUCCAAACGAGGCUGGUCUGCUGCCAGGAGCAAGCAUGCCACGCUCGGCUCUUGACAAUCCGUCAACUACCAGCGCGGCAUCUAGACAAGGUGCUGGCCACGAGGUGUCCGGAGUCAACCGCCACACCCAAAACGUCGAAUUCUACGGCAGGUCAUCGUCCGUUGCACUACUUUCGCAGGUACAGCGGUCUGGAGAGGAAUCCGCCAUCCCGGAAGAAGGAGAGCUUGAUGCCGGCGUCAUUCUCUCCAACCUUCAUAACCCAGCAUUUUCCCCAGCUGACGCACAGAACAAUGGACACGAAGGACCCUCCUUGGUAACCCCGUCUCAUUACCCGCAGUGCCGUAGUUUCUUGGACGGCUUUUUCGGCACCAUCCACUUCAUACAUCCCAUCAUUGACAAAGGCGCGUUUCUUCGACGAUGCGAGCUUCUGUGGUCUGGAGCUGCAGAGGCAACACAGCACUCGAGUUUCACUGCGCUUUACUACAGCAUUCUCUCGCUUGGUGCGCUUGUGGGGCCCAGGGACGAUGAGCCGAUCGAUGGCACUCCGAAUAUCCAAUGGAGCCGAAAGUUCUUUGACGAGGCCCGAUUUCGUUGCAAUAAGCUUGGCAUGGUCACGGACCUUGAGAUGGUGCAAUGCUACUUCUUUAUGGCCAAAGUUUGCCAGAACGAACUCAACGCCCAUUGGUCAUACAUGUACAUUGGCCUGGCCGUCAGGACGGCACUGGCCAUGGGGAUCAACAGAGAGCCUCCGUCCGACACGAAGAAGGAUCCAGCUCAACUAAGGGCAGAAUGUCGGACUUGGUGGGGGUUGUAUUCUCUUGAAACAGAAAUAUCUUUUGCCAUGGGGAGGCCAGACACGCUCGGAGCAGAUUCAUAUCACAACCGCCGGUUUCCCCGUGUCAGAGACAGCGAAAUCGCGAACACGCCAGACACAGAGUCUCUUGACCUUGGUGACCCGCCGUACUGUGGUAUUAUCGAACCAAUGGUGGAGUUUGCGAGAAUAACCAAAAGGGUUUGCCUUGCGAUAUACCUUCAGGACAACACCACACCACGCACCAUUGCCGUUGCCAACCAGAUAGAGCGGGAGCUGGAUGAGUGGGUUGAGCGGGUACCUCCAUCAUUCCGACCUCAAAUCAAGGAUCCCACGCAGCCGGAGACACUGAAGAGCGCAAAGGAGCCGAAAUGGGCGAAAAGGCAGAGGCUCGUGUUACUGAUUCGGUACUUCAACCUCAAGAUUUUGCUGUUUGGCUCCAUACUCCUCACGUCCACGGCAGCGGAACGAGCUAGCCUGCCCUCAUCAACUGUCUCCAUUCAGAAGUGUCUUGAGGCGGCCAAGCAGACGAUCCAGGUCAUCUACCAGGUGUACCAGCACCACGACUUUUUCCACACGUGGUUCUACAACACGACCUACACCGUAUUCGCCGCCUCCAUCAUUCUUGUCUACGUCGCGCAAGAAGCUACCGAGAGCGAGAUUCAGCCGCUGCUCAAGCUGGUGAGCAUGGCCAUUGAAAUCCUCGAAACAAUGGAUGAGUGCGUCGUUGCCGCCAAGGCAGCUCAGUUGCUCCGUCGGGCGUCAGAAAACGCCCAGAAGAAAUCCAUCAGUGCAUCUACCAGUGCAGGGGCCAAUACAGCGGCUCCACAUCCCGGUGGGCAGCCCCUGGCUCAGGGGCACGAGGCCAUGCUGCAUCUGAACCAGUACUGGGGCCCGCUCAGCUUCGUUGGCGGCGAUAUGGACCUCGACUUCAACUUCUUUCAGCUUGCCGACUUGGAUGGCGGGAAUCCAUUGUUGAUGUCGUUUGGGGAGCCUGCAGACCUAUAA